UAUGCUCAUUGAAACAGAUGUUCAGACUCUCAGUAACUAAAGAAAUCAUUUGUCAUUGUCUUGAAAUGGACAAAAGAGUAUUGGCUUUAUUUGGGUUCUCAAAGAAUUUCCAUCAAACAGGCCCUCCAGAAGACACAGCUGCCACCGAUGGACAUGUGGGUGAAAGCGACGAGAAUCUGGAGCGAGGCAACUGGUCCUCGAAGACUGACUACCUGCUCUCAGUGAUUGGCUCAGCUGUGGGUCUGGGUAAUGUCUGGAGGUUCCCUUACCUGGCGUACAGAAAUGGAGGAGGUGCAUUUCUUAUUCCCUACACACUCAUGCUGGCAUUCGCUGGGAUGCCGAUGUUUUUCUUGGAGUCAUCCUUUGGGCAGUUUGCCAGCCUUGGACCUGUUGCGGUGUGGAAAGCCGUGCCAAUGCUACAAGGUGUGGGUAUUACAAUGUUCCUACUUGAAGUAAUUACCAAUAUUUCCUACUGCUGCAUCAUCGCCUACAGCCUGUUCUACCUGUUUGCUUCCUUCCAGUCCACCCUGCCAUGGGCGGACUGCUUCAGCUGGUGGGGUGCAGAUGAAACCUGCAGUAGGAUGCCCAGAGGUACGCUCUGCAAUUUCACUUUGGAUGGUGGCUAUUUUGAAGUCGUGAAUGCAACCUGGCUGAACACAAACAAUGAAACUUGCUCAAACGGAUCAGAAAUCCACGUUCCUCACCAGGGACCAAGUGAGCAAUACUGGGAUAAAGGAGUUUUACAGCGGUCAAGUUCCAUGGAUGAAACAGGGGAGAUAGUCUGGCAUUUAGCUCUCUGUCUGCUUCUGGCCUGGCUGAUUGUUGGGGCCGCCCUGUCGAAAGGAAUCAAAUCUUCAGGAAAGGUGGUUUAUUUCACUGCAACAUUCCCAUAUGUGUUUCUGAUCAUACUUUUGAUUCGAGGAGUUACCCUUGAGGGAGCCCAAAAAGGGAUUGAAUUCUACAUUGGAAGCCAAUCAGAUUUCUCCAAGCUGGCUGUAGCUGAGGUCUGGAAAGCUGCUGCAAUACAGAUUUUCUUCUCCUCAUCAGUAGGUUCUGGCACUCUAAUAACACUGUCAUCCUACAACAAAUUCCAUAAUAACUGUUACAGAGACACCAUCAUCGUCUGUGUCGUGAAUUGUGCCACCAGUGUGUUAGCUGGAUUUGUCACAUUCUCUGUCCUUGGACACAUGGCUCACAUACAAGACAAGCCCAUUUCAGAGGUCGCACAGUCAGGUUUUGGAUUGGCUUUCAUCGCCUACCCAGAGGCUCUUGCACAGUUGCCGUGGGCACCCCUAUGGUCCACUUUGUUUUUCUUCAUGUUGAUCACCCUGGGACUCGACUCUCAGUUUGCAGCUGUAGAAAAAAUUAUAACAACUCUGCAGGACCAGUUCCCUAAGUUUCUGGUUUCAAAGCGCCUGCAGGUGACAACUGUCAUCUGCUUGUUAUUUUGUUUCCUUGGCCUCGUAUGUGUAACCCAGGCUGGGAUUUAUUCGAUAAACUUGAUCGAUCACUUCUGUACAGGAUGGGUCCUCAUUAUUGCAGCUGUGCUGGAACUCAUCGGUCUCAGCUGGAUUUAUGGGGUAAACAGAUUCAUCAAGGACAUUGAGAUGAUGAUUGGGGAAAAGAACUGGCUCUUCUGGCUUUGGUGGAGAGUGUGCUGGCUUUUAGUCACUCCGUUCUUGCUGUUGGCAAUUUUAUCCUGGUCUUUAGCAACUUUUGCCCCACCAGCGUACGGAUCUCUUCAGUAUUCUGUCCAGGCAAUCGCACUUGGCUGGUGUAUGAUAGUCUUCUGUAUUAUGUGGAUCCCCAUUGUUGCUAUUGUGAGAAUUACCCGAGCUGAGGGCUCCACCAUAUCCAAGAAAAUUUCUGCUGCUUCCACAUCAACUUCUGAUUGGGGUCCAUACUUGGAACAACACAGAGGAGGAAGAUACAGAAACAAGCUUGAUCCUACAGAAGCCUCUAAUCAUGUCCAACUUGUUUCUACAUCUGAGAUAUGACAUUUCAAGGGAAAAUUUCCUUUCAGAUCCUGAAAAUUCACAGCCCUUUCUGAUUGUAACUUCAGCAGAAGUUCUCUCUACUACCAGUAAAUCCAUCCUGACAUUGACACACUGCUCAAUAUAUUUUGUUAAUUCUCUUUACAUUAGUUCAUGUCUUGUUCUUCAAAUCUAGGAAUCUAUCUGAUUCUUUUAUUUUCUUAUAAGUUUUCUAAUGCUACACCAUUUCAUUUUAUUAAGUCCACAUUGUUGUGUUUGUUGCAGAGUUAUUCCGAUAGGCAGAACCUCCAAUUUAUAUUCUGUUCAACCCUUGUCUGGCUUAACUAUUGAUUGAACUUUAAUCCUUGACCAUUUAGCUAUUGCUAGAUAUUUCUGGCCUAACAAAUAACUGAAUGGGCUCUGCAAAAAGAAAAUGUGCACUGAUACUGUGACAAGUAAUUCACAUGGAAGUUUGAAACCUGAUUCAGGACAUGUCUGAAAUUCUGGUGCAUGCCUCAUUAUAAUAAUUGCAGCAUCCGCAUUGCAUCAACAAUACGUUAAGCAUAGUUUCUGCUGGUGCAGUUUUUGGAGUCACUUGUUGCAGCUGUAGCCAGCAGUGAAUACAUUAACAAGUGCUUCUGUUCCAUGCCACUUCUAGCAAUGAGGAGUCAUGUACUUGCAUACCAUUACACAUUUACCAUUACACUCCAAGGCUCUUACCCUUAUCUCACACAAUGCUAGCUUUUCAAUCAUAGCAGGCACAUCACAUCACAAAGACAUGUUGACAUGACACUAAUGAGAGCUGCAUAUUAUUUAACAUGCACUUAUUACUUGUUUCCUUUCAUUAAUAUGAUCGUACUCUUGUGCCUUCAGCUUCUACCCCACUGUGAUAAGACUAUUGAACAAUGAGAUGGACUAUGACCUCACGUCACUUGUUGUGACCUUGCACCUUAUUGCACUGCACUUUCUCUGUAGCUGUGAUACUUUACUCUGUACUGUUACUUUUUUUUACCUGUACUACAACAAUGCACUUUGUACUAACUCAAUGUAACUGCACUGUGUAAUGAAUUGACUUGUAAGAUCGGUUUGUAAGACAAGCUUUUCACUGUACCUCGGUACAAGUGACAAUAAUAAACCAAUACCAAUACCAAUUAGAUCACCAAGAAUUUCCACCUGCACAUGCUCUGGCUACUGAGCUAUAAGAGAAUGAAGUGUAACCCAAUCUGUUAGUUCCUCUUAGAAGCUCAGAUACUGGCAUACUGCUGACUGUAGAUAAUAAUGUAGAUGGGAUCUGGGUAAUGGGAUCUGCACAUUGGGAGUCACAGGUCAUCAAUAGGCUGCUGUCAGUGCAGUUCCUUGAAAGUGAGUCAAUGAACAAAAGGGUGAUGCUAUGAAUGAGCUUUGCUCCAAAGAACUCAGAUAAGGACUUUGAUGGGCAGUCUAUAGACAAAGCCAGUGGCUAGGUACAGUAAAAUGCUUGGGAGAUCAUGAAUGCCCCAGUCAUGGCUUCAACACCACUUUCCUAUUCUUUCCCCAUACAUCUUGACUCCCCAGUAAUUCAAAUGUCUGACAAUCUUUGUCAUCGAACAUUCUAUGACUCUGCCUCCACAGGUCUCUAGGACAGAGAAUUCCAAAGAUUCAUAAUCCUCUGAGGGAAGAAAUCCCUCUUCAUCAUUAUCUUAAAUGAGUAACCUCAAAUUCUGAAACUAUGCCACCUAGAAACUAUGAACUAUGUGCAGUCGGUAGGGAGUGGGCAUCAUUAGCUUAAAUAGUUCAGCAUAACAUCAUGGGCCUGUUCCUGUGCUGUACUGUUCUAUGUUUCCAGUUCUGGGUAACCCUACUAGGAGAAACAUCCUCUCAGCAACCAACUUAUCAAUUUCCAGAAUUUUUAUAUUCUAAUAAGAUCAUCUCUUAUUCUUUUGAACUCCCAUGAUUGUAAGCUCAACCUGCUCAACCUAUUGAACCUUUUAUGAACUCAUCAAUGGAUAAAUAUCAUUCUUUAAAUAUGGAGACCCAAGACUGUAUGCAGUAGUGCAAGUGUGGUCUCAACAGUGUCCUAUAACUUUACAU